GACAACUAAUGGGAUUAUUAAAGUUGCCACUGGAAUCCUAUAUCCUAAUGGUAUAACUGUACAACAUGAUAGCAAUGGGACUCCGAAGAAACUAAUAGUUGGGGCGUUUUCCAAUAUAACCGCACCCCUAUGGAGCUUUGAUAUAGUCGGCCCUUGUCAACUUGAAAACAAGCAAGUUUGGGGAAACCUACCUGCCAAAAGUAAUAUAGAUGGUAUUGAUUUUGAUGAAAAGGGGAACCUUAUAGUCACAGAACAUGGUUCUAGUAUGCUGUUCGUCUUCGACCCAAAUGGAGGUGCUCCGACUUGUCAAUUAAAGUUGCCAACUACGCGUGCGACCAAUAUACAGUUUAGGCCUAACUCAAAUGAGCUCUACAUUACCGGAGAUGCAUUAUUGAAACUACAAUGGAAAUACAAAGGAAUGAAGCAAUAUUGGGAGAUAGCUUAAAGUGUAAAAAUAUGUACUAUAAAACAAG